UGUACAUUGUACGAUCUCUUUGUAGAGAUUUUGUAGAGCUGUGACGAAAAAAGUUUAAGAUUACAUUUGAAAAAUGUAGUUUUUAUUAUUCAGGAUUUCGAUAUAUUUUUUUUGUAUGCAUUCACCGUAAUUCCCUAUACGAACGAACUGUUUUCUUAGAGAAAUGUGUAUGUCCAUACAAAUUUUUUUUACCAAGUUCCAUCUGCUUAUUUCGAUUUUGUUGUGUCCACAGACAUAAUGCGGCAUAGCGUAUUCAAGGGCCUGAAGGUCAUAGACUUCCGCCUCAGCAACAAGGUCUUACAGAACGAACUCGACGAGGCGGUCCUAAACCUUCACGUCCAGGAGCUAGACAACAGAAACACCACCUUCGACCCCGAAGAGUUGUUCACGAUAAACCUUCAAGUGAGCAGGGUGACGCGAAACAGUCAGGGUGGGAAGGCGUCGGUACUGUACUCUGAAAAUUCGGUUACGAUGACAAGAAGAGAUUUGAAAUUAGGGAAGUGGUUGAAAGUGAACGUGACGACGAUGGUGGAGGAGUUCUGUAGGCUGCCCAGGGAGAGUUUAGCUAUAGUUGCGAGAGUACAAGACUCGAGCGAUCGGAUUGGACUAGUCGUACCACAUCCGAGCUCGGAAUCAAAUCAUGCAUUGAUGCCAUAUAUAGAAGUAAGUCUCAAGGACAACACGCAUAAGCGCACACGGCGUACCGUCGUCAUGGACUGCACGGAGAGCACCAAGGAAGUCCGCUGCUGCCGCUAUCCCCUCGUCGUGAACUUCGAAGAGUUCGGCUGGGAUUGGAUAAUAGCUCCGAAAUUUUACAACGCUAACUAUUGCAGCGGGGAAUGUCCGUACAGCUUCCUGCAGAAGUACCCUCACACGCAUCUGAUACAUCUAUCCUCGCCCCAGGGCAGCGUGGGCCCGUGUUGCGCGCCGAGGCGGAUGACCAGCAUCUCGAUGUUGUAUUUCGACCACAACUCCAACAUAAUAUAUGGGACGAUCCCCGGCAUGGUUGUCGAGAGCUGUGGUUGCUCAUAGCUGAGGGUUUUGUACUGGCUUCGAGUGUUCAAUCCAUUAUUAACAUCUUAAUAAAUUUUAACGUAUUUUUUUUUAAAUUCGAUUCGUUUCCAGUACGCUAGUUAAUGGUUUUAAUUGAAAUUCUUAACGGUGAAAUCUGUGUAUUUUCUUUCCUUUUCAUCGAACUGUCCCUGGAGUUUUAGUUAGUUCUUGUCUCUCUUUCUUUCUAUACUUGUCUUAGUUGUGACAGUGAAAUAGAAAUAAAUACAAUAUGGCGUCUGACAAUCAAAAAUUUAGGGGAAUUAAAUGAUUAAUUUUCUGAUAUUUCAACAAUACGUCAAUAGAACAGAUACGCGCGUUCCAUUUUUUUCUACAUCAAUUUUAUAUUACCAUAUUACUUUUUAGUAUGUCAAGCACUCGUGGCCAAGUGUAGUGUUUAUAUCUUUGUGAUAAAUUCUGUUGAAGACUGGUAAACCGUAUGUGUUGAGUGUGGCGAGAGUGAAAAAAACUUAUUAUUGAAAAUUUAUUUCUGAUUUGUGUCUACGUUUUAGUUUAAAUGAUACUGUCGUUUUAUUCAUUAAAUUUCGCAUGCCUUUCCCUUUUUAAUCGAAAAAUAAUAAUAGUAAUAUUUUUAAAUCGAUUUUUUUUUUUAGUAGUUUUUCUUCGAACUGUCAUUAGUUGUGUUAAUUGAUACAUUAUAAUCAUUAUUUAUUUUUUAUUUUCUAAAACAAAUCGUAUCAGUUAAUAGAAUUAAAUCAAUAUACUUGAACUUAUUUUAUAACGAAAUGACCUCUUAACAUCUGUUGAAGAUAGCUACAAAAGUUCAGAGUAUGAUAGUUUAUCUUUUUUUAACGCAAAUGUACUAAGAACCACUUCGAUACUCAGUAAUGGCAUUUAUUUUUUUCUUUAAGUCUUAAGCUCUAUAUUUUAAGACUUAUUUUUAAUUACUAAUAAAAACGAAGAAGCAAAUUAUCGAAGUAACAAUUUUAUUGGUUAUAUAAAUGUUUUUUUUUUUUUUUUGAUAAAAAAGCAAUCAAUUUAAUAACAAUUACUUACGGAAUAACGGAGAUAAAAGCAUGAAGUCACUUCGGAUUAGCGUGUCUAUUAAAAACGUUUUAUUUUUCUCUAUGGUUCAAAAUGGCUGAUCGAAUUAUGACAACUUUCAAUUUAUUAUUGCAUUACGUGUCCUGUAUUUUCGCAUUUUGUUUUUAUUAUUACCUAUGUUCUUAGUAUGUUAUCAUUAAAUUUUCACAUUCACUGUAGCUUAUAAUUUUAGCUUUACGUAAAUCGAUGUCUUAUGUACUUGUCAAAUUUCAUUACACUUUGGAUCUCGCUCAAAAUUAUAUGUCCUUACGUUUUAAAAAAAAAAUCUUCUCGGAAUAGGUUUUAGCGGGUAGUGCUUAAAAUACGACGAUUUUAAAAGAUGUUAAUGAAGUACCUACCCAUUAUUUUUAGACGUAUUAUUUUGGCGUAACAGGGAACCGGACGUGUUUUAUUUUUCAUACAAACUAAUACUAUAUAGGCUGGAAGUAUCUAUUAAUUGUGACGUAUUUUGGUGCCGGUAACGAAACAACUAUUGAACCCACAUAAAGUUUUGGAACGAAGUUCCUUAUCGCGCGUUGUGAAAGGGGGCUAGACGGAAAAAAUUCUUACGAAAAGUUGU